AUGGUACCAAUUCUAUUAUCAUUAUUGGAAAAACAUCAUACUUACAAACAAUCAAGAGUAUUAUGUCGACAUGCUACCAAGGCUUUUUCAAUGUGUGGAGCAAUUAUGGACAAGAAGACAUUUUCAAAAGAUCUGUACAAGUUUAUGGUGUUUGUUCAAAAGAAUGAAAAGUCUCGUGGUUUGGUUGACGAUUUUUUUAAAAUAUCAUAUUUAUUUAACAAGUCUGUUGCUAAAUCAUUUGCGGUGUAUCUACCAAUGAUUGUCAGGGUGAUUGUCAAUGUACUAGAGACACCAAUACCAAAUCAACAAGAUGAACCAUCACAUUCAAGAGAAUUAGCAAAACUAAAUUUCGCACUCAAAGGUUUAAUCAACAUGAUGAGGUAUAAAAAUGACACUCCAUAUCAACCAAUGGCUCCAUUUAUUCAAAGAAUGAUCGGUCCUCUUAUUGAUAUGUCUCUAUUUUCUGUCAGUAUCUCAAUUCAAAAUGAUUCCCUUGACAGUUUGCCAACUUGUUUGAAGCUCGUUAAACUGCAAUAUGGUGAUCAAAGUGACAAGACACUCGAAAUUUUUGGCAAGAUACUCAAUUCGGUACUCUUUCAAUGCAGUUGGGAGAAAAAUUUAAAAGUAUUGGACAAAGUUCUCUUGACUAUCGGCAGUAUCAUCAAAUUGAUGGGAAAUGAUUCAAUGACAUUGGAUCAUGUCAAAUCUGCGAUGGGAAUAUUUGAAAUGGUAGCAGAGAAAUUGUACGACUUGGUGAAUCGUGCUGUAACUAGCCAAGAAAAUCGUCUCUUUAGUAUCAAUGGAUUGGUUAUAAUCUAUGAAACAAUUGGUGAGAUGGUCAAGUACAACUCUGCUCUUACAAUUCCAAUCAUUACCUCAUCUGAUUUUUUGAUCAAAUCCAACAAAAAACUACUCGAAAUUAGAGAAAAAGACAUGGUUAAAAGUAGUAUACUCUAUUUUAUGGCUCAAUACAUGAGUAUGGUGGUGAUACUGCCAUCAACACUUUCUCAAAGAUCAUUCCAACAAUAA